AUGACGGACUCAGCUGUAGCCUCAGCUGUCGUGCUGCCCGACGCAACUCCAUCAUCACCACGCCGCUCGCCUGACCGAUCGCAAACCCCAGAGCCACGCGCCGGAACCAAACGUCGCCAGUCGUCUGUUCGUCGUGAUUCUCCCAAACGACAGCGCUUGUCGCCUUCGCCCGACAGGUCCAGACAGGAAGAAAAUGCCCGACCAACUCGCGAAAGACGCCCUGUGAAACCCGUCGAUGAAAAGAAGCGCACUCAGAGGCUGUUUGGAGGUCUACUCGGUGGACUGGGCCAGACAAGACCGGCAAACGCGCAAGCAGCCAAGCGACGAGCCGAACAGGAAGAACGUCGACGCCAGAAAGAGCAGGAGCUUAGCGAACGACAAACAGAACGACUUGAGCUCCUCAAUGUUGCGCGAAGGAAGGAACAACGGAGAGUCGAUGAAGCCAGCAUGCGCAUCAAGCAUGAGAGCAUGAAGGCCAUGUCAAAUUUCUUGGUCACUUCGACUGAGCCCAAGUUAUAUUUCAAGCCGUGGGAGCUACUUCCGGAACAAGAGGAUCAGAUCAAUCGCCAACGUGAAGACGUUGACGUUCAGAUAGAUCAGGAACUUGACGACUUUGACCAAGUCCGCCAACGCUGGCAGAAAGAGGACGCCAAUGGACACACUGAUUACCAAGACACCGCCACUAGAGACGAGCAAGAAGCAUCCAAUGGCACGAAUCAUGCUGCUGUAUCAACAACAGAGCCAGCAGAUGACCAAGACCAAGGCGGAGUUGCAGAUCCGGAGACGGAACCAGCAUCAACUUUAAGCGCAAUAGCAACCGAGUCGACAGAAGACAAACAAGCUCAAGAGCAAGCGGCAGACGAUGCUGAUCGGCAGAGGAAAGAAAGUAUAGAUGAUACAGGCGACAUUGUAGUCGAGGCUGAUGAGGACACGGUCAUCUACUGA